AAUCAAUUCGGCUUCCUUGGCAAUACAUCAUUUCUUCAUUCCCCCGAUCUAGGGUUCGAUCCUUCCCUUUUCUCAUUUCUCCAUUUUUUUCCCUUCUCCCUUCGUCAUCUUCAACCUCGAGCUCAUGAAGAAUCCCGAUUCAUCUCCUCCACGCAGAAAGGUCAAAUUCGCCCCAAAAUCCGCACCGCGCAGAAGGCCACCGCCGGUUCAAAAAAUUGAAGAUGAAGAUGGUGAUGGUUAUGUUGCUCAAACUCGGUACCUCUUACGCCGUGCAACGGAGAAUCUCGGAAAACGAGGGAACAAGGUCCAAAGAAAAUCUUCAGUGCAAGUUGCAUUCGGUCCCGGUGCGGCAUCAACAUCAUCUUCCAUUAGAACAUAUGGAGUUCCCAAAGUAGAAAACAGUAGCAGAAAAAAUGACAUUGAGCCUGAUGUUGAUGAAGAUGAGGAGUUUAUCUUGCCUCUGCCUAUGGAUGUUGAAGAAAAUGGGAAAAUUUUCGAUAAAAAAACUAAAGAUGGAAUAGCCGAAUCCUCUAGUUCGGCUAUAGUAACCAAGACCAAGAAGGAUUACAAAGAACCUUGGGAUUACCAUAAUUCUAAUUAUCCUACCACACUUCCUAUACGGAUGCCUUACUCUGGAGACCCUGAACAACUUGAUGAAGCUGAGUUUGGGCAGGAUGCGACGGAUCGAGAGUAUGACGAGGACUCUGUAAUACCUGCCUUGGAUCUUGGAUUGCUGGAUGAAAAAACAGAGAAUACUAAGUACUUUUUUCAGCUUCCUGCACGUCUUCCUUUACCCAAACAAUCAUCUACUGCAACGGGAAAGGAGAAAGUAGGAAAUUUGAGAUCUUCAAAGAGCAUGGGCUCAUCUGAGCUCGGCGAUUUGAAGAAACUGUCUGCUGGAUGUAUGGGGAAACUAUUGAUAUACAAGAGUGGAGCUAUUAAGUUGAGGCUAGGAGAUACUCUUUAUGACGUUUCUUCUGGUUCAGACUGCAGUUUUCUUCAACAUGUUGUAGCAAUCAACACUAAAGAGGGACAGUGCUGCGAUCUCGGAGACAUCGGCAAACGAGUCAUUGUAACACCGGAUAUUAGUUCCCUCUUGAAUUCAAUGACUAACUUGGGAUGAUUGUGAAGAAAAAGCCUGUGGAUAGAACAACCAACAAAGGAAACAGCAAAGAAGGGCAAAUUUUUACUAUGUCAAAAUGGAACUGACAUCUGGCUGUAUACUGAAGAUGCUCACUUUAGUAAGGAAGUUGGGAUGUCAAAUUCUUGACUAGACUUUCUCCUUUGUUAAUUCUAUUGACAAUUGCAACAAAAACGUAUUCAUUCUCUUUCAUUUCUAGCUGUGGAGUAGGUUGUUAGCCAACAAUGUUGAUAGUUGUAAAUGCCUUUUGUAUAUGAUCUUUCUUGAUGGUGGUAA